GUGGUCGAGAAGCUUGGUCUAGGUAAGGCUGCACUCUGGGGUUCCUGCACAUAUGCUGGAUCCACAGCGUCCAAAUCCCAAUGACCCCAUCAUACUGUGGAAACAGACUGCCUGAAAAUAGGCUAGCAUAUAACAUGGGACGUCCGGAUUCAUGUGUUCUGGCAGCCUGAUUUGUUUAAAUGCACAAAAUCUUCAUGCAGCAGACGUAACUUCAACGGUGCCCAAAGAGUGUUCGAGCACGAUAUGUAGAUGAACCACCAAGGAAAUCCGUUCAACGAAGGCAGUACCUCCCCAGCCACACGAGUCCAACCAAACAAUCGCCAUCGACAAGUUAUCUCCUUACAAAUUCACGGUCUUCUCCCUUCGUUCUCGCUGCAAGAAGAGCUCGCUCCGCUGAUCGUGGCAAUGGAUUCCCGCACUCCAUUCACGAUGAUACUGCUUGUUCUGAGCCUCUUGGCCUGUGCCGCUGGUUUAGAAGAUGGAGAUGGCCUUCUUGGUGCCUCCUUUCUCUUUGGUGACUCCCUCGUCGACGCUGGCAACAACAACUAUCUGACAACCCUGUCGAGGGCCAAUCUUCCGCCAAACGGGAUCGAUUUCAAGCCUUCUGGAGGGCAACCCACUGGACGUUUCACCAAUGGCAGGACCAUUGGUGACAUUAUCGGGGAGCAGCUAGGGCAGCCAAACUAUGCGCUGCCAUUUCUUUCACCAAAUGCAACGGGGCCAGUCAUCUUAAACGGGGUUAACUACGCAUCCGGAGGGGGCGGGAUCUUGAAUCAGACCGGUAGACUCUUCGUGGGGCGGAUAGGAAUGGAUGUGCAGGUGGACUUCUUCAACGUGACGAGGAAGCAGGUGGACCAGCUACUCGGGCCGGCGAAGGCCAAGAACUACAUAAUGAAGGACUCCAUCUUCUCCGUCACCAUCGGCUCCAACGACUUCCUCAACAACUACCUGCUGCCAGUUGUCUCCGUCGCCGAGCGCCUUGUCUACACCCCCAACCAGUUCACCGACAGCAUGAUCACCAAUCUCAGAUCCCAACUUACCAGGCUGUACACAUUGGAUGCGAGGAAGUUUGUGGUCGCGAACGUGGGUCCACUUGGGUGCAUCCCUUACCAAAAGUCGCUGAGCGGAUUGGAUGAGAAAGAGUGCGCCGAGCUUCCGAACCAGGUGGUCACUCAAUACAACGGCAAGCUCAAGGACUUACUGGCGGAGCUCAACGACAACCUGCCCGGCGCCAGCUUCUGCCUCGCCAACGUCUACGACCUCGUCAUGGAGCUCAUCUCCAACUACCCCAAAUAUGGGUUCGACACGGCCAGUCAGGCUUGCUGCGGCUCUGGUGGGCAGUACCGAGGCCUCAUCCCCUGUGGACCAGCAACUUCCCUCUGUGAAGAUCAUUCCAAGCACGUGUUCUGGGACCCUUACCACCCCAGCGAGGCCGCCAACAUUAUCCUCGCCAGGGAACUCGUCCAUGGCGACAAAUACAUCUCCCCCAUGAACCUCUACACUCUCAGACACCUUUGAUCACGAUGGACGUCGUCGUCGUUGUAUGUACUGCUGACUGGCUGCCGCCCGUUCUUGAGAUCGACUUGCAGCUUCUUGCCUCCUCAUGAUGUUGUUUGUUUCACUUCGCUGGUAACUAAGGCGAUUACUUCCUUGUUUCGAGUUCGGUGAUGGCAGACGUGCAUGGAUCCGAGGGCCAAACUUGUGAUCUGCGACAAUCUUACCGCAGUGGAGUUCUACCUCGAUUUAUCGUCACUCACCCUCUGUGUGCUAUAUACAUUUUGUACUUCGAGUUUCGAGUACGGUGUCUGGAUCAAACUUAAUUUUAAUAAAAAAAAAUUGUUUUCGUGUUAUUUAUUCA